AUGACACACAAUUCAGGCGUCACCGAAGAAAUAAAUGCCAAGCGUUCCAUAGUAAACAUCACAAACUAUAAGGAAUUGAAGCAAACAAAGAUGCCUUUGAAAUUGGUGGACGCAACCUUAUCGACCUUCAACACCGUUUUCGAGAAAUUCAAAUCCGAAGCACCAAACAACAAAAGCAAUCUCAUCCUGUUCUUGGCUGAUAUCGAACCUUCCACUAAUCUCAGUUGGUGCCCUGAUUGUGUGCGAGCUGAACCAGUUAUAUACAAAAAACUGGAAUCAUCAAGUGAUGACGUGGCGCUCCUUAGGGCUUAUGUGGGAGACAGACCCACGUGGAGGAACCCACAGCACCCAUGGAGGGUGGACUCCAAGUUCAAGCUGAAAGGAGUCCCGACUCUGAUCCUUUGGGAAAAUGGUGAGGUUAAAGGUCGCCUUGAAGACCAUGAAGCCCAUAUUGAACGCAAGAUUGAUGCCCUAAUUGCUACCAAAUGAACAUAUCUUCAAGGAACUUCCCUAGCGAGGGUUCCGGGUCAGCUUUCGCGCACCGACUAAUCCACUGCUGCAAACAUGAGCC